AUGCCACCCGUCGCGAUACCUAUGGAUGUGACCCAGUCGGUCGAUGUUGAACCACAAACAGCAGAGUCAAAAAGUGGCAAGCCGAUCGUUGGCAUUAUUUAUCCGCCGCCGGAAAUUAGAAAUAUUGUUGACAAAACCGCCAGUUUUGUGGCUAGGAAUGGAGGUGAAUUCGAAACUCGCAUUCGACAGCAUGAAAUCAACAACCCGAAGUUCAAUUUUUUGAACUCUAAUGACCCGUACCACACAUAUUACCAGCACAAGGUGCGUGAAUUUGUCGAGGGAAAGGCGGUAGAGUGCUCGAUUCCGCGGCCUGCGGCUCCUGUGGCUCCUCAGAAAGUUCAAGAGGCCGUGAAAGCGUCUGAAUUUAUUCCAAAAGAGCCGCCUCAGGAAUUCGAAUUCGUGGCAGAUCCGGCUACCAUAAACGCGUUUGACCUGUAA